CCGCGCAGCCCGCCUUCCCCCCGGCGGAAGCGGGAGUGACGGCAACCAGGGCGACGACAAGAUGGCGGCCCCCAGCCUGCUGCGCGGGGGGCUGAGGCGGCUGUUCGCCGGGCUCUGGGGACGGAGCUGGGCUUCGCCACCGGCCCGAGCCCUCCGGGAGGUCGUGGAGGUGACCGAAGGCAACACGACCACAAUUGAAGGGAGAAUUAUAGAGGAUGCUGCAGCACCAACUCCUCCUAACCCCUCUGGCCAGUGUCCCAUCUGUCGCUGGAACCUGAAGCAUAAGUAUGAUUACGUGGAUGUCCUGCUGCUGAGCCAGUUUAUCCGUUCUGACGGAGGGAUGCUGCCACGACGGAUCACAGGCCUCUGCUUGGAGGAGCACAAGAAGGUUGCGGUCUGUGUGCAGAUGGCUCACCGUGCAGGUUUGUUGCCAAACCACAGGCCUCAACUUCCUGAAGGGCAUAUUCCCAAGAAACCCAAGCUCAACAGGUAUCUGACCCGCUGGUCCGUCAGAUCUGCAAAGCCCAUCUGGAAGAGGGGCCCUAAGUGGUGCAAAGUUCCCAUGCCAGUUGGACACCCCUUGCUGAAGGAUAACGUCAAAUAUACACACAAGCCUCUUAAUUUCAACCACUAGGGUCCAGAAUUGGCAUAGCCAAUGAGUACAGCUGCUUUACACUGUUCUGGUUUUUUAUUUGUGUUUUUUUUUUUUUUUUUUUCAAGUUUGUCAGUAUCUCCAAUUUCCAAAUUCAAAAACUGUCAUUAGUGUUCUGUAUUGUCUCCAGUGAAUGAGCUCCGAUCUGCUUCUCGAGGAGGACACAACAUUCAGCAAAGCAGAAUUCAGUGUUCAGAAUGAUUUGGAGAAAGCAGGAGGCAACGGCUUGUCCUCAAAGCCAGAAAGGAUCCAAAGGUUUCUGUUUCGUUAUAGUCUACUACUGGGUUUGGAAAAGGUUGUUUCCUUCUUUUCCCAGAAAUGAAUGGUAUUUCCCCAUUAAUGUGUUUCAACUCAGAUUUGCCUUAGUUGGGCUCUUGUGCCUGUGACACUGAUGGAAGAAGAGGCCUCCUGCAGCACUGUUUCCUCAGCAGUAAUGGAAAUUACAUUAAUGAUUACUGAAGUGAAAUAUUUUUAUAAUCUAUACCAUCCAUAACUUGCAGCAGAACGCCUGUGCAGUGGCAGGCAGGCAUGUGUAUGUCUUAUAUGACCUCUUCAGGAUUCCUAGCCUGUGCAUCCCUCCUGGAUCUAGCAAAUACAGAAUGCUGACGUUCUUGACAA